AAGUCCCACACGAUUUCUUCCGCCCGUUUCUUUCCUCUUCCUGCAGAGAUCUUCCCGAAGUGGAGGCGGGGGAUGCACACGGGGACCUCGCGGGCCUUCGCGACCCCUGACCCCGGCAUGAGCUCGUCGCGCCCCGAGGGCCCCUGUGGCGGAAUGCUCGGAGGGGCGCAAGACGAGAAGUUGGGCGGCGUGAUGGGUGACGAGACCGACGGUCACGAUGGGGACACAGAUGAUGAUGAGAGGCAAGGAGGAGGAGACGAAGACUCGGACCACGACAGCAUCUCCCACGUCGUCCUGGGGACAAAACGAAAGCGCGCUCCGCCCCUGCACUCCAGCAGUUCCUCGGACACGGAGCACAAUUUGUUCAUCACGCAGCUGCCGGUGUCGAGGAAGAGAGCGUCCCCACACGAACUCGGAGAGGGGAGCUCCAGUGCGUCACAUGAGGAGGGCGUCUGCGGCACCGGCGACGCGGAUGGGGCAUCUACUGAGGAGGAGGCCCCACCUAAGAAACUGAAGAGACAGGAGGAGGAGCUGCAUCAUCGCUAUCAGAACAAGAGCCGUACCGCAAAGGGGCCAAAACAGUGCGGACCACGCCCAUCCUCUCCCAAGGCUCGGCGUCUGCCUCCGCCUCUCAUCGAACAAUACCAGGGGGCGGCCGUCUGGGGGCUGCUCGCCUGCAGCAAACAGCUGAAGCAGCAGCACUGGAGCAAGUACAUCCAGCAGAUAUGCAACGUACCGCGCGCGAGGACCCUCUCCGAGAGCGAAGAUAAUAUCUUUCUGGCCAACUCCUUCGAGGCCUUAGUCGAGGACAUGGAUGAAAAUGUCGGGGAAGAGAUGUGCGGUGAAGGUGGAGUGGAUGGCACUGAUCGGGUGGAGAUCAGAGUGGUGGUGCGUCCAAUAUCACCACAGCAUCCAGCGCGGGACCCCAACUCGUUUAUACUGAACGUUGUCUCGGAUGCGAAGCCGGCUCUGAGCACAAAGUCUCAAGCCAAGACCGUGACUGCAUCGCAGACGGGCAGAGCAAAGCCCAACAAGAAGAGGAAAAGGCCAAGGGAGAAACGGAAGCAAAAAACCUGAGGAAAUAAUUGAAGCAAAUCAAAAAUAGAACUCUGCACAAUGAGAUCCUAUCCUCAUAAUCUAGAUUACAGUGUUAGUUUCGUCUAUAUAUUUCCCAAAGAAUGUGCCAGAUCUUGGAAGCUAACAAGGUUGAACCCAAAUGGUGCAUAGAUGGGCGACUACCAUGCAUAGCCGGUAUUGUAAGCGAUGGGUUAUGUUGUGGGAAACAGAAGUCAUUGAGGCUAAAUCCAUUGUAUUUCCAUGCUGCCGUGUUUAUGCUCAUUCUAGAUUUGAAGUUUUCGUGACUGCAAGGAUCCAUACUCUUUGGUUCUUUCGGUAAAGUCACGUAGGUGAAAAAAUAAAUAAAAAUGUAUAAAAUAAAACAUUUCAAUAAAUCAAUCACGACGUUUUGAUUCCAACACAAGCAAUCAUCAUCAGGUGUGACAACCACAGCAAGGAUUUUUUUUUUACUGAAGUGGGAGAGAGACCACCAGGGUUAUGGCAGUUAAAUAAGUCAGAGAGGGGGAGGAGGGUAGGGUUUUACGCUCCCCACUUUUGCCAACCCGCAGUGGCCAACGUGGCAAUGGUAAAACAUCUCCCACGACCAGCACGGCACGGGGAAGCCCUCAUCCGGCAGCUAAUUGAGACACGGAUGAAUGUGCAUAUAUUUAAAUAUAAUUUCUGGGAAUAUUUUAUUUGUUUUAGUUUAUUUUUAUAUUUUUCUCACUCAGAGUGAAAUAAUCUCUGAAUGUUUGACUGACUGACAUGCUUGCACAAGGAAUUCAUAACUGGUUUGUCUUUACUUGAGAAUGGUUGAGUAAUUUACAUUGUAAAGCUGUGCAUCUCUUUUGCAACCAUGUUUUCAUAUUAUUCUCCACACAGUAAAGUAAAAUAUAUUUCA